UUAAAAAAACUAACCCUACUCUCGUUACUCACUCACUCACUCACACACACUCACUCACUCACAGCUUUGUCACUCUCACCUCACGCCAUUGUCACUCCUCGCACCUCGCCGUCGCCGUUUGCGUAUGGUUCGCCACUUUGGCCUCUCGUCACCUCUGUUCGCCUGUGAUCACAGGUAAUGUGUUCACCAAACCCUCUAUUGCUCCCACCAACGUUAGUUCCGUCUUUGAUAUAGAUCAAACAACAACCGCUGUGCCAAUUCCGAACACGAUGAUCGUCGCUUCCGCCUCCUCUGCUUGGAGAUAUUCUCACUACCGGUGAUCACUCUGAGUUCGGCAUUCCUCCCUCUGCAUCAUUUCUUUCAGCUCGACGUGCCUUCCAACACAGCCGUGGAGGCUAUACUGCUUGGUUCCCAACAGUCAACACUAUCUGGGGAUGCUUGGCACAAACUUUUCUAAUACAAACCUCUCUUGUUAGUUGUCACUCAUAUGGGAGGAGGAAAUUUAAGUCUUCAAGAUGAGAAUAAUAAACAAAGAAGGAAACACAGAACUGGGUUUCGUUCUUGUUCUUUUUUUUCCCCUUGCCGUUUUGUACCCGUUUUAUUUAUCUUUCUUUUGUGAUUUUUUUUUUGUGUUCUUGGCUUAUUGCCAAAAUGUUCUUUUUAUGUCAUACGAGACUCUGAAUAGCAACAACAUUGUAUGAUCAGUCUCCAACAAUGGCGGUUGAUGUCGUGAAGUGUAAUUACAUCAGAAAACGCAAAAGAGCAUCAUUGAAGCAAAAACUUCUUCUUAAUGAGAGAGUUGAGGUAAGGAGUGUGGAAGAUGGGUUUAUGGGGUCAUGGCACCCAGGUACAGUUAUACAUUGUGGCAAACAAAAGCGUCAUGUGAGGUAUGACAAUGUAUUGGAAGAUGAUGGAUCAAGCCAUGUUGUUGAUGUGGUUGCUGUUUCACCUGUUGUGGAUGGUGUUAGUGUUUCAGAUUCUAAUGUUGAGCGUGGCUACAUUAGGCCAAUGCCUCCGAUGUUUGAAUUUGGUGGAUGGGACCUCCCAUUUGGACUUUGUGUCGACGUAAGUUACCAAGAAGCAUGGUGGGAAGGUGUUAUCUUUGAUCACUGCAAUGGAAUGGAUGAGAGGAGGGUGUUCUUCCCUGAUUUGGGUGAUGAGAUGAAAAUUGGGAUCCAUCAUUUGAGGAUGACUCAUGAUUGGGAUGAAUUUGCCGAUGAUUGGAAGCCAAGGGGGAACUGGGUUUUUCUUGAAUUGGUAGAGGAGUGUGAGAGGUUGUCCUAUGUUGCUGUCUCAGUGAAGCAGAUUUGGUAUGAUGUGAGGGUUAGGAAGGAGUUUGAGAACCUUAUUAGGGAUUGGACUUGUGAUGAGAAGGAAUUGUGGAGAGAUCUUGUUCUGGAGGUAGCUGGUGACUACUAUGCUCUCACAUUGCAAGACAUUUUGCCCGCAUUAAAAAUUGAUUUCUUGGAAGAAACUCCAAGAACUGAGUUAGUUGAGACUACUGCUAUUGCUGAUAGUGAUGAUGUUCCCGCUAUUGCAUUUGGUUCUUGCACAGGAAUAACUGAUGUCUCUGAGAAGAAAGGUGACUCUGCGAAUCUAAUGGAUUGUGAUCAAAACACUGGUAGCAUCGAUCAUAUUCAAGAGGAAAACAAUAUAGAUACUUUGAAUACUGGGGCCUUUGACGAGCAAAAUAUGGCAGAGUUAAAUGUGAAUGUACCUGAGGAGGAAGAUGUGAGGUCAAGAGAACCGAUAUCUUCAAUUCAGCAAAUAUUUCCUGAAGAUCAAAAGGAAACUUCCAGCCAUAGACAUGUUCGUUCAUCUGUGCUUUGGAAACCUUUGGUGCUGUCAGAAGUUGAAUUCUGUCCUGAGGUUAUUAAGCAAUACACACUUGGAUGUGAGAGCAAGAGGGUUAGGGAACUCUUGAAGACAAAAGUGAGAAAACAUCUUGCUUAUAUUGGAUGGACAAUUGAGGUGACUGAAGACAGGUAUUUUGCUGGGCGAUACAGAUACAGAUACAAGCCACCUGGUGAACAAGGCACAAAAGUUUACACUUCAAUUGCCAAAGCUUGUAGAUAUAUUAAGCAAAAUGAACCUCUGGUGUCCCAAAAUGACCCGGGUAGGAUGCCUGAUAUGGUUGAUAGUAGCAUUCUACAUCUUCUUUCUGAUCAAUCGCGUAGCAAUCGGGUUGAUAAUGCUUAUAAUUCUAUGGUGGCGUCUUCCUCUUCUGCGAAAGUUGUAGUUGAACCUGAAUUUUGUCCAGAAGCUGUUGUGAAAUAUUACUUGCAUGCAUUAGAGAAUCGCCAUGCUGAGAAAAGGAAAUGGAACUUGAAAGCAAAACAACAUCUGUUAGCAGAAGGAUGGGUUUUUGACUAUCCAACUGAGAAACGGAGGAGAACAUUGUACAAGUCUCCGAAAAAUCAGACUUUGGGAACACUUCAAGGUGCUUGUAGGCUAUACAUUAAAGAAAGUAUUCCCAAAUGGACAAUUUCCAGCAUGAGACCUAUGCAUCUCUCUGUUGGUAACGAAGAAAGUGUUCAUAGUGAUGAUCUAUUAUGUUGUGUCUCACAAUUGGUUCAAAGGGAACCUGAAUUACACAAUGGUUUGCCAGUGAGUACUUCAAAAGGGAAUGGGAAUGAAAACAAUCCUCGCUCGAAGAAUUCAAAGAAUAGCUCCCGAAAGCGCCAUAGGAAUGGAGUACCUACACGGGUGCUAAGAUCAAGCAAAAGGGUGCAGAAAGUGCUUGCCCCUGGAUUCUUACACCAAAAACCUCAAAAUAUUUUGUCUUGGUUAAUAGAUAACAACAUCUUUUCGGCAAAGUGUAAGGUCUAUUUCAGGGAAAAACGUGGCAAGAAUUCAAUCAAGGCUGAGGGGCGCAUAGGUCGUGAUGGAAUCAAGUGUUGCUGUUGUCAAGAGAUGUACAGUCUUUGUGGCUUUGCUAAUCAUGCUGGUUCCAAUAGUAACCACAGACCUUCUGCUAGUAUCUUCUUGAAAGACGGUCGCUCGCUACUGGAUUGCCAGAUUCAAGUAAUGCAUGAAAAAACGAAGGAGGAGAAAACGGAGAAACAAUCAAAUGAUCUUUGUCGAGGCGAAAACGACAACAUUUGUUCUGUGUGUCAAUAUGGGGGUGACCUUAUCUUGUGUGAUCAAUGUCCUUCUGCAUUUCAUAUUAGUUGUCUAGGUUUAGAGGUAAUUCCUGGUGGUGACUGGUUUUGUCCAUCAUGUCGAUGUGGAAUUUGCAGCCAAAUGAAGGGGGAUGAGGGCAAACAAUUUCUUAAUUGCAUUCAAUGUGAACGUAAAUAUCAUCUUGAGUGCUUGAGAAAUAGAACAGUAGAUAAAUUAAGACGUAUGGCAAAAUGGUUCUGUGGAAACAAAUGUGAACAGAUAUACACCAGCCUGCAUAAACUAUUAGGAAAACCAAUUUCAGUGGAUGCAGACAAUCUAACUUGGACAUUGAUCAAGUCUGUUGACUCUGAGAAUUGUGAUGUUGGUUCUGCUAAAGACAAAUACAUGGCAGAGAAUUACAGCAAACUCAAUAUUGCACUUUCUGUGAUGCAUGAAUGCUUUGAGCCCCUACAGAACCCUUCCUCUAGCAGAGAUCUCAUGGAAGAUGUCAUAUUCAGCAGAUGGUCUCAGCUUAAUAGAACGAAUUUCCAGGGUUUCUACACUGUACUUCUUGAAAGAAAUGAAGAACUGAUAAGCGUGGCAACUUUUAGGGUGUAUGGAGAGAAGGUCGCAGAAGUACCACUUGUAGGUACCAGAUUUCAGUACCGUCGACUUGGAAUGUGUCGCAUUUUAAUGAAUGAACUUGAAAAGAUGCUCACACAGCUAGGGGUGGAGAGGCUAGUUUUGCCUGCUGUUCCUGGUGUGCUCGAGACAUGGACGAAAUCUUUUGGCUUUGACCAGAUGACAGAAUUCCAAAGAUCAGAGUUUCUGGACUACACUUUCCUAGAUUUUCAAGGAGCCAUCAUGUGCCAAAAGCUAUUGGGAAAGGAGAGUCAAUCUCCGGAUUCAGUUAUAACAAGAGAGAUCCAGCCAGCAUCAGUCUCUGUUAAAUGUAAAAUUGAUUUUGAAAAGUUCAGUUCUGGAUCUGAUGAAGUAUACCAAGGAGAGGAAACUGAUGAAAGUAGAAUGACAGAUGUACAAAUGGUGGAGUAUGUCUCGCCGUUGUCGACGAUUAAACAAGAAAACAAAUCUUAAUAAAGGGGUUGUGAGAAGUUGUAGUGAUAGAAGAUUUGAUGGGGAUGGGUGGAAUGGGGAAAUAAAUAAGUAGCAUUUUGCAAUUAGCAUGCAUGUUUUAUAGAGUUGUAGCUGCACAAUUCUUUUUGAGGUCUUCAACUGAAGUUCAUCAUGUGUUUUUGGGAUUCUUUUUCAGGGGAGAAAUAAAUACAUUUAGUUUUCACUUUUCAUAACAUGUUUACAAAUUAUUGAAAGUUUAGUUAGUUAGGCCUGGACACAGUUACUAGUUUAUUGUUUGAUUUUGUCAUGAGACUUUGGAAAAUGGUUGUAAUUUUGAG